AUGACGUCGUCUGGGUAUUCGUUAAUAUCAUUCCAAUCGGUCUUCACAUGGAACACGGAUGCAUGGGAUGGUCCAGGAACUACAUCGUUGUACCAGUCACAUCCUUGGGUGCUGGUUGUUCUUUCGAAUGGAGAAGCAUUAAAGGUUCUUGCUGACACCACACUAUGCUGUGAGAUUGAUCUGAGGAGGGAAUCAAUAAUUCAGUUCAUUGCUCCAUCAUCGUAUCAUGUUAUUACAUUUGGUCCAUUUGCUUCAGCCACUGAUGUUCUGAAAUCUUUAUCUCAUACAAUUGGGUUGCUUAGAUCAACUUAUGAAGGCAUGAAGUUAGCUAAUGAAAAGAAGCAUCCUUUCGCACUGAAGGGAGCUGGAUUUAUUGGUAGUCAAAGGUAUGCUGCAACAUGGAUGAGAGAUAACAUUGCAAACUGGGAGCACGGAAUCAGUGGUCAGCCACCCUCUAGACCUGAUAUUGGUGGAUUUACUAGAAAUGCAACACCCAAGCUUUUUGGAAGGCGGAUGGCUAACGAAACACUAGAAGUGAUUGGACGCCAAUGCUCUCAGAUCAAGCAACAACGACACGAGGACCACCAAGACCACACAGUCAUUGGGAAAGACAUAAAGGAGGGUGCUCAAGCGGAAUCAAAUGCCAUCUCAUUGCUACCGUUAAAACGGUUAGUGAUUACAAACAAACCAGUUGAGAAAGCAAAUGAGACUGGGGUCAUCAUAUCAGUGGUUACCAUCAACAAGUAG